UGCACAUCGAUUUCAUGCUGAAGCUACUUUUGCUUUCGGAGCCACUUCGAAUUCAGCUUUACCAGUAGAACUUCGAUAAAAAUUCAGUGUUAUCCAAUCCAAAUCCUAAUUAAUGCCACCAUGCCCUUUAAACGCAUCAUCCGGCGGAGACUACUGUCUCUGCUUCAGCCAUGGCUGCUGGGGGAACCUGAGUUCCAUCUUAAAUUAGGGUUCAUCCAGUCUUUUGCGGUUGCGGAUAAUCUUCGCAUUGAUGUUUCCGUUCUUAACGAGCUCUUGGACGCGCCUGCUCUGUUGUUUUUCAAGGACAUCACAGUUGAACAUCUAAGCGUUCGAUUAUCGAACUGGUCCGCACCAGCCUUCUCAAUCGAAGUUCAUGGAGUCCACGUUGUACUAUCAUUUGAGAAGCCAGAGCAGGAGGGAUGCUUGGGGCGCUUGCGGACAUCAAAGCAUAAUGACUUGGAAAAUGUGAGGAAGAAGCUUUCGGCACUUGAUCCAGAGGGUUGUGCUUUGCAUCACCUCUUGGAGAGAAUCUUGUUUACUGCACCUUCAAGAAAGGAUUUUUCAGCAUCACUUGUGAAUCUUAUUCUCAAACACUGUCAUCUAGAGGCACAUCACAUCCGUGUGGAGGUUCAAUUCCCUAUCUUAAACAAUGUGUUGAUGUGUUUUGCGGAAUUAGAGGAGUUUAAUGCAAGGUCUAAGUUUCUGGAUGGUAAAUGUCUUACCAGAGGUCUUCUUGGUGCAAUUUUUCUUCCAGUGAACGAGAGCUCUUACAUAUUAAAUGGCAUGGGGUUGAAGAUUGGAUUUAAUGAGAAAGAUUGCAUAGACCGUCUUGUAUUUUCAUGUGAUCUGUGUACACACAUCAAAUUGCAUGAUCUUCAGCUGGCCGAUUGCACUAUCUAUUUUCCAGAACUGACUUUUUCAUUCUCUCCAGAUGACAUUUUUAUAUAUCUAGCUCUUGAUAAAGUGCUAUCUUAUAAGCACAAUCAUGCUAGAAGUGCUAGAGAAUUAUGGAGAUUAGCUGCCAGCAGAAUGGGCUAUGCUCCCAGAUUGUCCUUGCAUAGAUUAGUUUGUACUGUUAGUCAAUGGAUACAUUAUGUCAACGCUUAUGAGAAUCUCUUGUUGUUGAUUGGAUAUUCUUCUGGCCUCUUGUUGAAUAGAUCCAUUUCUAAGAUUUCUUGGAACAACUCCAAGUUGAGUUCUGCUAGACACCACUGGAAGGUAAUAUCUGACACUGAGGAAAGGUUGCCCAUUGCAGGCAUAGCCUUGGCAAGGCGAGUAGCUCGUCAUAGAGCCACAUUGAAAGUUCAAUCUGAUGGCGAGAAACAUUUUAUCACAAGUCCUUUCAAUUUCUUUCGCCCUCUUUUCCCGAUAUUGAUGUUUAUAUGGAAAUUGACCUCAAAAAUAAUCAAAUCUUUAGUAAAUCUCUUAUUUUUGAGAGAAGAAGUUGUGAAAGAUCGAUAUGCUGAUGGCACUUUGGAUUGCACCAACAAAUCUCCUUGUCAAAAGCGUUGUUUCAUUCUGGACAUUGGGAAAGUGAUUAUAACGGUUUCCCCAGCCAGUAGAAUUCAACCAUCUAUAUAUGCUGAGCUAAAGUCACAUUAUGGGUUUGAAUACACAGAUUUCCAUUCAAUAAGCUUUUGUAUUGAUGCUUUGUUAUUUGUAUCUGUUGAAGACAUUUUUGAGCAGAGAGUUUAUUUAUCAUGUGGGCUAAUGAGGGUUAUGCCUGCAUCUCUUAGAGCAUCAUCAAAGUCAAGUAAAAUGAAUAUUCUUAUUGAUUCAGAGAAAGAGAAUAGGAAGGAAGGAAUCGAUGAUAUGGAAUCAAUUUUAUGGGUUGAGCCAGCAAAGUUAUUUUUUCUUUCAGAUGCUGAUGAGGUCCAGGAUGAAGGUUCAUGUGCUCUUCGUGUGGAAAGCCUUUUGGGGAAAAUUUGCUUGAGCUGGAAAGGAAUUUGUGAUAGUUUUAUUGAAAACAGAAUGGAGUAUUCUGAAAAUCCAUCUCUUCUCUGUAAGUUUGAAAGAUCAUUCACAUACCCGGGCCUUAAGAAUUCGGAUUUUGGUUUCCCUGAAUGUGGUUUGAUUCUAGGAAAGUUAAAUCUAGUUUUGACUCAUUAUUCAGUAUCGUCAGUGUCUCUACUUCUUGGUCAGAUGCAGCAUUUUAUUUGGAAGGAGGACAAGGGGAAAACAUCACUUGUUUCGAAUUCUAUGGCUAAACCAGAAGUUUGUUGGGUUAACAAAUUUGAGUAUUAUGCCAAAGCAUGGGUUAUGGCCCUGUUUGAAGUGCUUCCGGAGAAAAACAUUCAGCUUGGAGUAUUUGUUGAUGGUCCUUCUGUGAGAUUUUUACACAAGAAGGCUGAUGUUAGUCAUAAUUCUUUUGACUUGAUUUUUGAUUUCCAUGAGAUAGAAGUGGCUAUUGGUUCACCUUCCCUGUGUGGGGUGGCGCCAUUGGUAGAUUUGCUGGGAUUUGAUGAUGUGAAAGAAGAGUGUCUUAGGUUGGAACCUCAGGCAAUCGAUAUCCCUAAACCAAAUUAUGAUAAAUAUGCAUCGUGGGAAAAGAUUUCAUUUGGUUGUUAUCUUCGUCUAAAUGGUUUAAAUGCUUGUUUGAGGAAACCAGCUGAGAGCCAUCAAUUUCAACUUUUUGCAAUGAAGCCAAUUACAUUACAGAUUUCAUCCAUUAGGGAGUACAUGCACUCUUUAAGCACAACAACAGUUGCUUUUUCAGCUGCUUUCACCAUGAUGGCUGGAGGAUUAACUGUUCUGUCAUUUUUGGAUGAGUUGUAUAUGAUCUAUCAGGCAGUUUCCAGUUUGUAUGUUGUGGUGUCCUGUCUUUUUAGCAGUCUUGAAGCAGUUGAUACUGUACAUACCAAAAUCAUCAAAGAAGAAGCAUUAUUUGCAGAACCUGAGAGUGGAUGUAAUUCUUCAUAA